AUGCCGAGGUGCGUGCGCGCGCCGUCGCCCGCGCCUGCUGACUCAUGCCUCACUCAUGUCCCCUGCCCCCAGGCCGACCCGUCCGAGACGAUCGAUAUCGAGACGUUCCACCAGAUCCUCGAUCUCGACGAGGACGACACGCACGACUUCUCCAAGGGCAUGGCCUGGGCGUACUUCACCCAGGCCAGCACGACCUUCACCGAGAUGGACGAGGCAUACACAAAGAAGGACCUCGCGAAGCUGUCGUCGCUCGGCCACUUCCUCAAGGGCUCGUCCGCCGCGCUCGGGGUCGCCAAGGUCCAGGCGACCUGCGAGCAGAUCCAGCAUUACGGCCAGCUGCGCGACGAGGAGUCCGGCACCGACCUCACAGAGGACGUCGCGCUCGAGCGGAUCGGCGCGCUGCUCGCGAGAGUAAAGAAAGACUACGUGGUCGCAGAGGCAUGGCUGAAGAAGUGGUAUGCGGAGAACUCCGUGCCCGGCGAGGACGACGAGGACGCGUAG